GUUUGCGCAGGUCCACAGCGCAGCGGUGCAUUAACACAAGCCACCUACCCGUGCAAGCAUCAUGGCUGAUGAGGACGAAGAGCAGGCAACAGCGCUCGCCGCGCCGCUGCUCGAGGACGCCUCCGAGGCACCCGUAAAUGAGGCACAAGAACAAAGUGCUGCAGACGCGCCGGAAACAACGCCCGAAGAGCCAGACGAGGGCCGCUCGACGAUCCUGGGCGUAGGAAUAAAUCUAGCGAACGCCAUCGUCGGGAGCGGCAUCGUCGGCCUGCCCGCAGCCCUCAAGGACGCGGGCCUGGGCCUCGGCUGCAUUUUACUCGUCGGGAUGGCUUUCACCGUACAUGUGGUAGUCGUCGCGUUAGUACGGGACGCCGAACUGCUCAAGGCGGCGUGCUACGGGGGAUUGGCGAAAAAAUGUCUGGGAAGUAUUGGGGAGGUCUUGGUCUGCGGCGGCCAAUUCGUCUUCGACGUCGGGGCUGCACUUACAUAUUUAAUUAUCUUCGGCGACACGGCGGUGUCGUCCGUCGAGUUCUUCGUGGCGAAGCCUUGUAAACAUUUGCGGCUGGCGUGUGUCGCUGGAGCUGGAAUGGCGGCUCUACCACCCUGUUUGUUGAGGGACGUUUCUGGAUUGGAAGGCAUCUCGCUACUCAGUGUAGCAGCGGUCUUCGCGGCUACCGGUGUUGUUAUUUCUGAGUUAUGUACGAGGGGCCAAGAAGGGUCAUUAACGAUAGCGGCACCUGAGAACGAGGGCCGCGGCGUCGUGGCCGCCCUGGGCCUGUUCGCCUUCGCCUUUGUGUGCCAGGACUCGUGCUUUUUGUACUACCGGUCCCUGAAACGAAGGACACCUUCCCGCUUCGCGAAAUCGACGGGCCUCGCCCUCGGCUCCUCAGCUUUACUUUGUGUAUUGUUCAGUGCAGCGGGCUACCUCACCUACGGUGCGCAAACCUCGAGCAACAUCCUGAACGACUACCCCAUCCACGACGUGCGAGCGCUGAUUGCUCGGUUACUCUAUGCCAUUACGAUGGUGUUCGGCAUUCCGAGCUCGGUGUUCGUCUGCCGCCAGGCGGGCCACGCGCUGCAUCGGGCCGCGUCCUCAAAAUACCGCGAUGCCUCGGUGGAGGACGUGCGUCUCGUCUCAUCGAGGACGCACGGUAUGUGGUCGCUCGGGCUGUGGGCUUCGCUCGUCGGCGUCGCUCUCAGUACAGAUUCGCUGGGCGCAGUCAUGGCUUUGACGGGGGCCGUCGCCGGGUCGCUGAUCGGGUUCAUCCUGCCGGGUUUGAUCUUCUCUUCGCCAGUGGUGCUGGCGGCGCGCGAGAAGCCGCGUUUGUGGUGGCGGCGUUGUGCUUCCUUCGUACUGGUCUCAUUCGGCCUGGCGCUCGUCGGGCUGUCCUUCGCGGCGGUGUCGUAGUGUUGUCCUUCGCGUCGGUGGCGUGAGGGGCGGCGGCGUGCCCGUGGAGCGGGAUGCAGUGUUCACGCCAUCGCCGCGGCCCGUCGCCACUAGCUAGUGUUGUUCAUACUAAGUAGUCUGUUACUCAAC